CAAAUGUAUUCAUUAUGGUAAGCAGACAGAGCCUUAUAUCAGACAAGACUGUGUAAGAUGCUGAGGCAGGGAAACUUAUUCAACCAGCCUGAAAAGGUAUAAUAUUACAUGGUAUUAUUUGUUAUGAGUUCAUGCAAAGCAAAUGGUGUCUUUUUGCACAUUGAACUGUUAAGUUUUGUUUUUGUUUUAAUUGUUGCUGUUAAUUUAAAAAAUGUUUUGCAGGAACACAGAAGUACAGUAUGGCACCAGAGAUUACUGUCAACGUCAGUGCUGCUGACCACAUACCCCUGUGUUAUGAAUUAGAUAAGAGGUUUUACAUAUUGAUAAACAGUACUUCAACCGUAUGUGUUUUCUUAUAUGUUUUCCUUGGCUGUUUAUCAGUUGUUAUUGUAUGUGGAAAUCUUUUCAUUAUAAUCUCUAUUAUUUACUUCAAGCAGCUCCACAAUCCUACAAACUCUCUCAUCCUCUCGCUGGCUGUUGCUGACCUGCUGGUUGGGCUGCUAGUGUUUCCCUUCAACACCAGAUUUACUGUGAGCUUCUGUCUUGAUCGUGGGCAUUUAUAUUGCAAACUACGAAACACUUUUGAUGUAACACUGAGCACAGCUUCCAUUUUGAAUUUAUGUUGUAUUUCUAUUGAUAGAUACUACGCAGUGUGUCAACCUCUCACCUACAGAGCUAAGAUGAAUUUUCAUGUUGUUGGUACUAUGAUUCUGAUGACCUGGACUGUUUCCGUUCUAGUUUCUGUUGGCUUUUUAGUUUCAGAAUUUAAUUAUGAAAAGUGUGAAAAGUCCUGUCUUAUUGAUAUUUUACUUGCAAAUAUUUUGGGACCUAUUUUAGCAUUUUAUGUCCCAGUGGUCAUAAUGUUAUGUAUAUACCUAAAGAUUUUCCUUGUUGCACAGAGGCAGGCACGUAGUAUACAGAACAAGAGCUGUCAAAUGAGAACAUUUGCAUCCACUGUGAGUAAGCUGGAAAGAAAGGCCACUAAAACUCUCGCUACUGUUUUGGGAGUUUUUCUGAUGUGUUGGACUCCUUUCUUUCUGUGCUUUAGCUUCCAGCUUUUACACGGCGUCUCGGUGCCAGAUUCAGUGUUUGAAACGCUCAAUUGGUUUGCAUUGUCAAACUCAAUGCUUAAUCCUUUUAUUUACGCUUUCUUCUACAGCUGGUUCCGAGCAGCUUUCAAAAUCAUUGUUUCUGGAAAAAUAUUUCAAGGUGAUUUUGGUAACACAAAACUGACUUAGCGUAUUGUUAGAAAUCCAAAUUAACAAAGUUAUGACAAACCUACAAAAUUAUCAACAGUGAGAAUUAAGCAAUUUAUUCAUGCUGUAUGUAUCCAUGUAUUUUAUCAACACAGAGCCUUUUUCCCUUUAUUCUUUCUUAAAGGAUCAAUAUUUUUGAUGCUAAUGUUAGAAGUAGUUGGAUACAAAAAAUUACUUUGAAUUUUUUUACAAUUUUUUUUGUUUGUUUAUGCUUUGCAGUUACUGUUACUAAUGAACAGAUAAGGUUUAUCAUAUUUAGUUUAAUGUGCUUUUAUGCAGGUCUGAGCUUAUAAAUCUAUAUAAUAACUCUAACGGGAGUGUAUUUGAUUGAUCUUGUAUUUGUGCAACCUAAGUAAAAGAUAGGUUCAAAUAAAAUAGGCAAUUUCAACCAAUGUUGGAAUGUGUGUAAUUUGUGACUGCAACAUGCAUAAACUGCUGGAUGACACACUGCAGUUAUUAUUCAUUAUUACUAUUUGAUAAGUUUUUAAUAAUCCUGCAUACAUUUAUACUGUGUAUAUAUACAUACUGUAUGUCUCAGGUGACAGCCUAUAUUUAAUACUGUAUGUAUAUUUUCAGUUAACGAUGAUUGUAAUAAACUAUUGUGGUUAAUCCUAUAUGAUGACAAAUGUAACCCAAAGAAAAAUUUUAAUAUCUACGGAUAUGAAUAGUAAAUAUGAUGAUUUA